AUGGGGAACGACUCCUUCAUUGCCGAGGGAAUGGCUCCGCCACAAAGGAUCCUCUUUCCCCCGGAGAAGAUUUGCAUGGGCUGGCAGCAACGACAGAGAGCUGGAGCGGGACUCCACAACCUGCACAAUACGUGCUUCCUCAACUCCGUCCUGCAGUGCCUGACGUACACACCCCCUCUGGCCAACUACCUGCUCUCUCGUGAGCACAGCUUGUCGUGUCGCCAGCUAGGCUUCUGCAUGAUGUGCAGAAUGGAAGCGCACGUUAACAUGGUCUUGCGUUCCUCCGCCAGUGCCAUCGAGCCUUGGGCUGUCCUCAGUGUCCUCAAGCGAAUAGGAGAACAUUUCCAGCUUGGCAUGCAGGAAGACGCCCACGAGUUCUUACGCUAUACUGUCGAUGCCAUGCAGAGAGCUUGUCUGAGUGGAAGCAGCGACUUGGACAUCUCUUCUCAAUCAACUACCGUUGUCCAUCAAAUAUUUGGGGGUUUUCUGAGAUCCAGAGUCACGUGCUUGAGCUGCAAAGCGGUUUCUGAUGCCUACGAGACCUUCCUGGAUGUUCCUCUGGAUAUAAAAGCAGCCUCAUCGGUCAGCGCAGCUCUCGAGGACUUUGUGAAACCUGAGCAGCUGGAUGGUGAAAACUGCUUUAAAUGUAGCAAGUGUGACAAGAUGGUUGCCGCCUCCAAGAGGUUUACAAUCCAUCGGGCGCCAAAGGUUCUCACGGUGUGUCUGAAAAGGUUUGACCAUUUCACCGGCGGGAAGAUCAGCAAGGUUGUGGGGUAUCCCAUGUACUUGGAUCUUCGGCCGUACACGUCUCAGACAGCUGGAGAACCCCUCCUCUACUCCUUAUAUGCUGUCCUGGUGCACAGCGGUGGCAGCUGUCAUACAGGACACUAUUUCUGCUACACGAAGGCCAGCAAUGGACUGUGGUACGAGAUGGACGAUUCGUCUGUGGUUCCCUGUGACUUCAACACAGUUCUCAGGCAGCAAGCCUAUUUACUGUUCUAUGUCAGACGCUCCGAUCUGAAAAUGGGAGAAAGGACUUCUUCCUCACCGGCACCAUCACAUGCCCGCUCCUUCCUCAGUCAGUGGGCGGCCGGCAGCAAGCAGGACAUGGCGGUGGGCAUGGAGGACUCUCCAGAGCACGGCAGCUCUUCCACACCAGCCGGCACCAGCCAGCUAACCUGGGCAGGUGCCCGGGAGGCGUCUGCAGGCCGGCCGUGCCUCAUCUGGCCAGGCAGGCUCAGCGUCACCUCCGCCGUGCCCAGAAGACAGCCUGAUUUCCUGCUCUACCAUCAACCAUUUGACCGUGCGCUGCACAGCGUGCGAGAAGAUGACAACGACGAGGAGCACGGAUUCAGCCCUUUUUCCUGCUGCCAGAGGAACGGGGCCAGGGAGAGGGCCUGGAGCAGAUCCCCGCAGUGGGGCAGUGGUCUCCGCAGCUGGUUCGUGGACGCCACGGACUAUGACCACUCAACAGGGAGGAGAAGGAUGAUAACUGGUCCUCCAAAUUGUGGCCAUGCUCCCAGGGAUGACACAGCUCCAGGGCCCUCCGAUCUGCUGCUCUGCGCUGACGUCAAAACAGAGGAGUUUGUUGCCCUGUACAAGGCCCAGAGGUACCUGAGGCAUCCAAGCCUGGUGAUGCUCUCGCUGGUGCUCAGGGCCCUCAUCACGCUUGCGAAGACACCUGAGACGGUGAGCAUAUAG